AUGGACCGCCAGGAUGCUACUAAGGAUUUCACUUUCGCCAAACUUUCAAGUCUUACCUUACCUGUUACCCUCCGCAUGCAACUGGAGGGGAAGCUGAAGAAACAUGGUUUUGUUGAAGUGCUUGAUCAUCCCGAGCUGAGAUUCACCGGGGUCCAAUCUGAAGCCCCUUCCGACAUUUACGUUACAUGCCAACUUAUGGCGGACAAUAAGCCUCUCACUAUUCCUUUACGCACAUCUCAUAAGGUGUUCAAGGCCAACUUCGUCUGGAACGAAUGGAUCAGCUUGCCAAUACGCUACUGUGAUCUUCCUCUCAGUUCUCAGUUGACAUUCACGGUCUGGGAUACUGCAGGGCCCCGAAGCGCUGCCCCGAUAGGCGGAACAACAUUUCGUUUGUUCGGAAAAAAAUGGACGUUAAGACGCGGCAGCCAUAGAUUGCUCCUGUGGUCCGGUCAAGAAGCGGAUGGAUCCGUCGAAACUCGUACGCCAAGCAAAGUUGGACUGAAAGAUGAAAUGGGCCGUCUAGAGAAACUAAUGAAGAAGUUCGAACGAGAUGAUUUACCGAAAUUGGAUUGGUUGGAUACCCUAGUUUUUCGUAAGAUGGAGGAAGUCCGAGCCGUGAGUUCUCAAACGGCGAAAUCGGAUCAAUUGUUCCUGUACAUUGAUUUGCCUAAAUUUGACUUCCCCAUUAUCUUCAGCGAACCGGAGCCUCCAACAAAUAUGUCCAUGGCCGGCGUCGGUGCACCGUCACAGACAACUCCUAGCAUCCCGGCUCUCAUCAGCAUCCACUCUGACGUGCAUCUUUGGGCGGUCCUUGAUCCAGAAAUUGCCCGAACGAAUCCCGUCGAAGACAAACAUAGACGCCUUGUUCGAAGUCAUAGAAGCGGUCCUCUGGAUCGUGAUCUCAAGCCCAAUGCGCGGAUUCGAGAUGAGCUGAAUAAUAUCCUAAAUUACGCUCCUACUCAUCCAUUAACGGCCGAAGACAAGGAUCUUAUCUGGAAAUUUCGGUUCUACCUCACCGGACAUGCCAAGGGUCUGACGAAGUUCCUCAAGUCCGUUUCAUGGCGUGAUCCGACAGAAGUUAAGCAAGCUGUUGAAGUGCUUCUUCCUAUGUGGACAGACAUUGAUAUGGACGAUGCUUUGGAACUCCUCGGCCCAGGGACUGUGGAUAGCCGUGUCAGAGCCUUUGCUGUGCGUCAAUUGGCGCGAGCCGAUGAUGAUGAACUUGUGCUUUACCUGCUUCAGCUCGUCCAGGCUCUUAAAUUUGAGAGUUCGCCAAAUGAGGUGAAUGCUCGGAGUGUUACCAGGUCCUCGGCAAACCGGGGAGUGAUGGAUGAGGAUAGUGGAUUGGCAGACUUCCUUAUCAGCCGCGGUGUCAACAAUCCAAUAUUAGGCAACCGAUUCCAUUGGUACCUCAUGGUUGAAGUAGAGAACAAAGAAACAACGACAACGUAUGGGCGUGUCUCAUACAAAUUUAUGACAAAACUCAUUGAAACUGAAAAUGGGGUUACCCGCCGAGAUGUGAUGCGGCGCCAAGGCGAGCUCUUAGCAACCCUUUCGUCGAAAGCAAAAGAGCUCCGAACUUCAAAGGAUGCCAGACCGAAGAAGAUUGAAAAACUCCGUUCUUUGAUCGCCGACUCGAAGUCUGGGCUAGCAAACAUAAAUCCUCCUAUUCCUCUUCCUCUUAACGCACGCGUCGAAGUCACAGGCAUCAUACCAGAGAAAUCAUCCGUCUUCAAAUCCAAUCUCUUCCCUCUACUUCUAUACUUCCAGUGCUCUGACGGAAGCGAGUACCCUCUCAUUUUUAAGAACGGUGACGACAUGCGCCAAGAUCAGCUUGUCAUUCAGCUGUUCACUCUCAUGGACCGUUUAUUAAGAAAGGAGAAGUUGGACUUGCGGUUGAGCCCUUACGAUGUGCUUGCUACAGGUUCGCUGGAAGGGAUGGCGCAAUUCAUACCUAGCAUGACUAUUGCCGCCAUUGUGAGCGAGCAUAGUACGGUUUUGAACUACUUUCGGGUUCAUAGCCCAGAUGAGGGCAGUGUUGGAACGUAUGGAGUGACACCUUCUGUUAUCGACACCUUCGUACGCAGCUGUGCUGGAUACUGCGUUGUGACAUAUAUCCUAGGCGUUGGGGAUCGACACCUAGACAAUUUGCUUAUUGCUCCAGAUGGUCAUUUUUUCCACGUGGAUUUUGGGUACAUUCUCGGUCGUGAUCCCAAGCCAUUUCCUCCUCCCGUUAAGGUCUGCAAAGAGAUGGUAGAUGGAAUGGGUGGCGCUCCAUCUUCGCACUACGCACGCUUCAAGAACCUUUGCUUCACGGCUUUCACCAUCCUUCGCAAGUCUGCAAAUCUCAUUCUAAACCUGGUUGCUCUCAUGGUGGAUGCCAACAUUCCUGACAUCCGACAUCGUGACGUGCACGAACAGAUACAAGAGAAGUUCAGACUAGAUCUCACAGAAGAAGAGGCUAUCAAACACUUUGAAACACUACUGAACGAAACAUCCUACUUCACCGUUGUGUUCGAUCGUAUCCACGACCUGGCACAAUAUUGGAGAGCAUAGAGGUAGCGAAAAUGAAGGUACGUGCAUGUCGGGCUGUUCGAGUCAUUAGCUCGGGCUUUAUCUGAUGGGCUGCGGACAAUCCGAUGCACUGAAACUGAUUUAUGGAUGCGGUCCGUGGUCUCUUCGAACUCUCCACGCUUUAGGUGCCCAUCCCACGUAAACACUAUAAAUCAUUGUCCCAAAUUUCCGCCCAAGAACGUGGCUUGACCU